AUGCGCGCCUUCAGCACCUCGCAAGUCUUCCAGAAGAAAUCCUCCGCGUCCUCAAAAUCCGCCCGCACAAGUCCAGAGGUAACAUCCCCAAAAGACAAGUCCCAACCCAUCCCCGACAACGCAGCCACACAGGAGAAGGAUGAGGAGAUCGACCCGUAUGACUUCACGGUGCUUGACCGCGGGAUCGCGUCCGCAAUAGCUCGGCUGAAGGAUGCGCUGACAAAGACGCGGGAUGCGGGACGGAUCACCCCUGUCAUGGUCGAAGAACUACCUGUGGAUCUGAAUGUCAAGGGCAAAGAGACGCAUGGUACAUCACCACAUAGAGAGCGCACCAAGAUCGGCGACAUCGCCAGCGUGGUGCCUAAGACUGGUCGCAUGCUACAGGUGUACUGUGCGGAAGAAGCGCACGUGAAACCCAUAAUAUCUGCCCUGCAGGCAAGCGCACACAGUCUAGCGCCGCAACCAGACGCCCACAACGCGCUGGUGAUCCUGAUUCCUGUCCCACCCGCGACGGCCGAAACCCGUGCGCAAGCGAAAGCAGAGGCAAAGAAAUGCUUCGAACGCGCCAGCAACGACAUCCGGAAAGCGCGGGGCGACGCACAGAAACGGCACCGCAAAAUGGAGUUGGGGAAGCUCGUCAUCGUCGAUGAGCUGCACAAGGCGCACAAGCAAAUGGAGGAGGUGGUCAAGAAGGGGCAGGAUGAAGCCAAGAAGGUCUUUGAGGCCGCGGUAAAAAGUUUGGAUGGAUGA